AUGUCCUAUUCCAUUGGGGCAACCCCCAAAAAUAGUUCAGCUCCUCCAUUUGCAUUUGAUAAUACAGAAGUUAGAACUAUAAAAAUCGCACAUGAACGUGUUCAAUUGGACGUUAAUAUGUCCACACACCAAAUUAAAGGGGUGGCUGAUGUUAUAUUGAUACCAUUAGUUCAAAAUUUGGAUUAUAUAACACUGGAUUGUAAAGAUGUGCAAAUUAAUGAUGUUUGGGUUGAAAAUAGAAGAUGUGAUAACUAUAUUCAUGAUAACCAAGAUAAGAGUUUACGUGAAAAAUAUUUAGAUCAAACGGAUGAUAUACUAUUCUCAGAUAAUACUAUAGAACAAUCUCAAUUUUUUAGAGAAAAGUUCGAAGACUUAACAAAGAGACCUGACGACAUAAGGAAAUCACAAUUAAUUAUUAAAGUACCAUCUAGUAUAAGAAUAACGUUACAAGACGCCGAUUCAUUAUCGAAUUAUACACCUAUUACACCAUCUGUGAAAGGGACUCCUGCAGCUCAAGAGAGUGUAUUCACACCAUUAACUGUUAAAAUUGAAUAUGAGAUAAAUAACCCACAGACAGGUAUAAUGUUUGAUACAGUUCUCGAAGACAGUCCACAUCUAUGGAAUGUAUACACUACAAAUGCAGAAUUCUGUACCACUGCUUCCUAUUGGAUGCCAUGCAUAAAUAUGUUAGAUGAAAAGUCGACCUGGGAAAUUGAGAUUAGUGUUCCAAGAAAAGUAAAAGAUAUUGGUACUUCUAAGAUGAUUGGUCAGAAGGAAGAAAAUGUUAAUAGUAUUCUCAUGCAAAAAAUGAAGAAGAAUAAACAAGGUGAAAAUGAGAAUAAUGAGGAUGACGAAGAAGAUGAUGACGAUGAAGAAAUGUGGGAUGAGGUAGACACAAAUAAUCCAUUAAACAGAGAUAUCGUGGUAUGUUGUUCAGAAUACUCAACAGUCAAAGAAUUUGCACAUCCAACAGAUAUUUCAAAAAAGGUUUUUGCAUUCCAAAUAUUUAACCCCGUAGCACCUCCACAUAUUGGUUGGGCAAUCGGUGCAUUUGAUUAUUUGGAUCUACCAUCAGUAUCUGCCAAAGAUGGGGUAGUAGAAGAAGAACAUGAAGAAAAUGAUGAGAACAUAAACCAUAAUCCUAAUAACGUUGCAGAAAAUGACGCAACAGACGACAUUCCAAUCAGAGUGUAUACGUUACCCACAAAGGAUGUAGAUGAGAAGAUGAUUAUUAAUUCUACAAUUGUUUGUCAGAGGAUAAUGGAUUUUUACUCUAGAGAUUUUGGGUCAUAUCCAUUUGCCUCUUAUUCUUUAGUCUUCUUACCAACCGUAGUACCUGAAGGUAUGGAUUUCGCAAGUUUAACAAUUUUUAAUACUAGACUGUUAUAUCCACCAAGCAUAAUAGAUCCUAUGUUUUCCACAACCGACAAACUUGCAUGGGCCUUGGCAAAUCAAUGGUCAGGUGUCAAUAUAACACCUAAUGAUGUUGAUGACAUUUGGUGCUGCAUGGGUAUGGCAGGGUUUAUGGUUUUUCAAGCAAUAAAGAAAUUGUAUGGUCAAAAUGAACUUCGAUACAGACUGAAAUUAUUUAAUGAGGCAAUAGUGGAUCAAGACUGGGAAAUGCAACCGCUUGGUUCCUUUUUCACUGAUUUUUCUAGGCCGAUAAGUAUUACAUCAGGUGAUCUGGACUUUAUCAAGUUGAAAGCGCCUAUGGUUUUAUAUAUCCUUGAUAAAAGAAUGACAAAGACCGAAAGAUCCUUUGGUAUGUCUCGUGUAUUACCAAAGAUAUUUUUGCAAGCAAUGUCAGGGGACCUACCAAACAAUUCCCUAACUGCAGGCCAUUUUCAACAUGUCUGCGAACGUGUGAACAAGAAUAAACUAGAAUCUUUUUUCCAACAAUGGAUAUAUGGUUCUGGUGUUCCCAUAUUCAGAGUUACUCAGAGAUUUAACAAAAAAAGAAUGGUAGUUGAAAUGGGUAUAAGACAAUGUCAACGUGAGGAAUUAGGAGAGCACAGAAUAAUAGGGUCAAAAGGGUUUGCCCGUAGUGCAUUGAAUUACGUGGAAAAUCCUUAUAGAAACGUUGAGCGAUACUUUACAGGAUCAAUGACUAUCCGAAUCAACGAGGCUGACGGUACUCCUUACGAACAUAUUGUUGAAAUAAAUGAUAUUUUUACUAAGAUUGAUAUCCAGUACAAUACAAAAUUUAGAAGAACUAGAGGGAGAGGACCUUCAACGAAAUCUAACAGUAAUUUAACAAGCUUUAUAGAUGAUCAUGUCGAUGAAAGAGAUGAUGAUAUUAUCCGAUUGGGUGCCAUACUCGAAACUCAAGAGGACUGUAAGGAGUGGAAUCUUACAAACAUAUUUAAAAAUACAGAAGGCCACGAAAUGCAAGCUCAGAAUGAAGCCUAUGAAUGGAUUAGGAUUGAUUCAGAUUUCGAAUGGAUUAGUAAAAUUAUGAUCAACCAACCAGACUACAUGUAUGCAUCACAAUUGCAACAGGAUGUUGAUGUUGAAGCACAAAUCGAGAGUAUUAGGUAUUACGAGGAUGUCAUAGCUACAUCUUUAAGGAGUUCUCUUGUUUAUUCUUCCUUGUUAACAAGGACCAUAAUGGAUGAUAAAUAUUUUUAUGGAGUAAGGUUAGAGGCAUGCAGAGCAUUAUCAAAGUUUAUUUAUAAAGGGGACGAAAACUUCCCUGGGGGAGCCCGUCAUUUAGUUAAGAUUUUCCAAAAGCUUUUUUGUUUUGAUGGAUCAAAUGUACCAAAAUCUAAUAACUUUGAAGGUAUACCGAAUUAUUUAAUACAAAAGAAGCUUGUAGAAUCCAUGGGAGAAGUUAGAAAUGAACACGAUGAAUCACCUGCAUUUGUUAAAGAAUUUUUGUUGGGUUUAUUGAAAUAUAAUGAUAACAGUACCAAUUUUUAUUCUGAUCAUAUAUAUUUAAGGGAGUUAAUAAAAGCAGUAACUAAAUGCUGUAUUCAUGACAAAGAAGAUACAAUGUUCCACCAAAAUGCAAUCGAACAACUGAAUAGAUACAGCAAUCUUGACAAAUGGAGCGAAUCAUACGAUUUUAGUAUUUCCAGGGAAAUUCUCAUUCAAAAGCUUAAUUUAACAGUUCGAGGUUUGUAUGAUUUUGAUGAAUUGAACGAUAUUCUUGAAAGAUGUUUUGAUCUAUCAAACACUAAUAAAUUUAUUAUCACUAGAGAAAGAGAAGGUAUUCAAGAUAUGACGAUAGCAUGUUUCAAGGCAAUUUUAAUUAAUGGUGGUAUCAAGAAUACGGAUGCGUUGACUUUUUUUUUCGAAUGUAUGUGCAGUUUCUCAGAUAUAUACGUGAGGUUGAGUUUAGUAAACAUACUAGUCGAAGCGUUAAACUUUGUUGUUGAGAAUAAGUUCAUUGGGAACUUGGACGAUGACUUUAAUUUUGUUAUGGAGAGUAUUAUUCCAAGUAAUUUGAACCCAGAUAAUGAGGAUGAAGUAGCUGCAUUUAUUAUGGAGGAUAUAUCUACUGAUAUUUAUCGUAGAAUGUUGGAUAGUAAGAGGAAAAAUAUUCGUGGAAUUCUAAAAGCUGUGCGUCAUGUUUUCAGAGAUUAUAAACCGUUAAAGGGGAUGUUGUGGAGUGUUCUACACACACCAUUAUUGAAUAUAUUCACUCGAAAAGUUUUGUUUGAUUUUAGUCGUAUUCUGUAUCGUUUAGAGAACAAAUUUGAAGUUAUUUUACCUGCUCCAAGAAUGAAGAAAUUGGCUGCAAAGGAUCUGGGAGAAGGUAAAGUUGUUAUAAAGAGAGAUGGUAUUAUGAAAUUACAUAUUAAGGCUGUUGCAAUUGAUGCACCAACAAAUAAAUUGAAGAUAACACUACCGCCUGUUAAGCCUAAAAAUAUAAUUAAGAUCAAGACUAAAAAACCUAAGAAUACUGUGAAGAAGGUUGGUACGAUGCCGGUAAGAUUUGUAAAAUUAUCCUACCAAUACAGGAAAAUUGAUGUAUCUAGUGUACCAUUCAGCGACAAAGUUACAUUUCCUAAGGUAAACACAAGAUCAUUUACGGUUAAAAUUAACUAUUCUAAAAAGACUUAG